AACACGUUCUCCAAAUACAUCUCUGGCUCAUCGUCAACUCAAGAAGUAAAGCUAAGAGUCGUGAUUCUUCAUGCGAUCAGAGGAUGUAACAAGGUUGAUAUGAGACUACUCGCCAUUUGUGCUUUUUUUAUCCAGUACGUGCAUUCGUCUACUGUUGUUGACUACUACGACAAAGAUUUUUGUAUUGGUAAAUCAUCUGGUUUGCAUGCAGACCCCGAAGACUGCAGGGCUUAUUAUGACUGUUCCCACGGUAAAACACGACAUCGCACAGGGCUGUCCACCGGACUUAUGUUCGAUCCACAAAACAGGCAUUUUGUUCAUUCGUGGGAAAUGGAUUGUCCAGUCAAAAAAGUUUAUCGCGAACUCUGGAGAAAUGUCCCAGGUCCAUCCGUGGCUGAUUUAAAAGGAAGCAAUUUCUACCCGUGUGCUGCUUCCAAGACAGAAUUCCUCGACACAUUCUGUCUUUACAAAUCUUACCAGGAUAAUAGUUACGGUCAGAGGUUGAGAUCUUUCUUCAGAGCCCCAGAGACAGGCCAUUUCACCUUUCAAACUUCAUGUGAUAAUUCCUGUCAACUGUGGAUGAGCAGCAGUGAAUCACCAGCUGGAAAGCGGCUUAUCAUUGAUCAGCGUGUGUCAAGCAAAGCAUAUAGCUGGGAUGGAUCCGUUAAUCAAUUAUCAGGAAAGAUACACCUUGAGAAAGGCAAGCUGUACUACAUGGAAGUACUCCACAAAGAAGAUAGAUUGGCUGAUUUCAUUUGCGUCGGGGCCAAAUUUCCGACUUUAAAGAAAGAACAGCCUAUCUCAUCAAGGCACCUUGUCAUGAAUAGAACAGAACUGCAGCUUAUCGGUUGCAAAGGGAACAUACAACAACAUAACGUUGAAUGUCAAGAGGACACUUCCUGUGAAAGCCCCCAUCAACAGCUUAACAAAUUCAAGCAAUCAAUGGAUUCUUCGAUGCGAAGCUUGAGAUCAAUAUCAGCAGACGGAUCACCUUCGUCGCUAAAACAAAUCAAACAAGUCACGCAGGAAAGCACUGAAAUUAUAAACAGAAUUCUAGAGGACUCAAAGAAAGAGGAAUGGCGUGUAUCUAACAUGACGUCAGCUAUGGAAAUUGCUGAAAUCACAGAAACAUUUGGCAAAGAACUGGCUCACAAAUGGUCAAACGAUACAUCUGGUAUGGUCUCAUUGGAUGCUAACAUUGCUCUCCAGGCAUCAGUGUUGCCGUCCAACAGCUACAAAUUCUCAGUGGCUGAGUUUGACGUCAACUGGAGAGGGAUCAAAGAUAUCUUGGCUUUAAAAAUAACAAAAGGGAGACCAGACAACAAAACGAAAGUUUUUAGCGUCAUUUACAAGAAUUUGCAUGAGCUCUUGCCAUCAAAUCCCGAGAAAAUCAUAGAGAAGCAAGCCUUUGAAGAGAAGUAUCUUGAACUUAACAGCCGAAUAAUAAGUAGCCUUAUCUACCCGCCAGCUGAUAGUCAAACUUUAGAGGUCCGGGUCACUUUUCAACACCUUAAGCACAAAUCGAAUGCCUCUCUUACGCCAGUUUGUGUGUGGUGGGACUUCGCUGCUGCGGGUGUAAAUGGAAGUGGUUUCUGGUCGACUAAAGGAUGCCAAGUAGACGAAACUACCUCGAAUGAGACUCACUCCACAUGCAAAUGUAAUCAUCUCACCAAUUUUGCAGUGUUGAUGCAGGUUCAGUCGGAUUCAGACUUAGAGGUGGAUAAGUCCCAUAAAAUAGCAUUGCAGAUCAUCACUUACGUGGGCUGUGGACUUUCCCUAAUUGGCGUCACUCUCACAGUCUUCAUAAUCGCUGCUUUUUCGGGUCUGCGCUCUGAGAGAAACCUUAUUCAUUUAAACCUGUCUCUGUCUAUUGGUACAUUUCAAAUAAUUUUCCUGGCAGGAAUUGAAGCAACUAGCAACGAGAUCGCCUGCACUGUGGUAGCUGUAUUACUUCACUAUUUCUUGUUGGUGUCAUUUUCGUGGAUGUUAGUGGAAGGCGUGUACCUUUACUUAAUGGUCAUAACUGUCUUUGAAAACAACAAAGAACAACUACGCAUUUUCGGAGCAUGCUCAUAUGGUCUGCCAGGAAUAAUAGUUCUUAUUUCAGCAAUUGUGGCGCAUGAUGGUUACGGCACAGAUUUAAGCUGUUGGCUGUCUACGGCGAAAGGCGUCAUAUACGCCUUUGUGGGACCAGCACUGGCAAUAAUCUUGGUGAACGCCGUAAUCCUUAUCAUGGUGAUAAGAGAGAUCAUCAAGGUACAAACAAAUGGAGUCUCUCACUCGACAAAAUUUGAUCUUAUCAAAUCUGGUUUCAAGUCAACGGUCGUUCUUUUUCCUUUACUGGGUGUAACCUGGUUGUUUGGUAUUUUGGCGUUGGACAGGAACACGAUAGCGUUUCAGUACCUCUUUGCUCUUUGUAAUUCACUGCAAGGUUUCUUCAUUUUCGUGUUUCACUGUCUACUUAAUUCAGAGGUUCGCAAGGUUAUACAACGGAAGAAAGAAAUAUGGUCUAGCCGUCGAACAACCCUCUUCUCGCCUUCAACGACCACACCCUCUUCUGCCGUUGCAGCGUCAACAUCUCACGGAACUACGCUAUCGGAUGUGAAUAUGAUGUCUGUUUCUGAUGAUGCCAGCAACAGGAAGCUCGCAACCGGCAGUGGUAAUAGCAAAUCUAAACUUCUACCUAAAGAAAACGGCAAUGAUGCUUCUCAAAACGCGAAUGACCGAGUACCUGUUUCAACGGAUGGCGCAAACAAGGGCCUUUCGAUGGAAAACUCAUCGCCCGCUUGGCUUUCCAAGACUGAACACGAUCCAGGGCCUAAACGAAUAAAACUUCCUCCAGUCACGGUUCCAGAAAAUGCCAAACGAAAGCAGAAAAGAAUCACAAACAAAAACUUAAAACAGGGGAGCAAAGGAAAGCUUAACACAGCGAUCGAACCUCUACAAGAGGAGACUUGAAUGAGUUCAUUAAACUGUACUCUUACAGUUGUAAAAUAAUUAUCCAUAACCAGCUGUGGGGCAGAACCUACCCACGAAGGCAACUUUGGUUCGGGAACUGUGAAAAAACUGCCGUAGGACGCUAAGGCAGAACAGAUAGUCCUGAACCACGCACACAUUUUUCUUUUUACGAUCAAGACCGCAGGAAUGACAUUAUCACUCAUGUAUAGUUUGAAUUUUUUCAUUUCUACCAAUGAUGAAAUUGUCUACAAACAUACUUGAACUUCAUCAGCUGACUGUCUGGUUUAGUGCAAAAAAAUUGUAACAUUCUAAUAAACCGCU